UUCUGUUGUUCCUUUGAACUUGGUUCAGUGAAGAGUGGAUUCUCCCCUAAGCCCGCGCUGGGGAGCUUGGCAGAGAUGCCCAGCAAAAUGAAACGACUCACGUGCUGUCUCAUCUGGUUUUUUCUUUCAGAAUCGCAAGGUUUUGAAAUCCCCACCAGUGGACUUCCAGAAUUUACAGAAUAUGAAGAUUUUGUGGAACUGGCCCCUGGCAAAUUUCAGUUUGUACCAGAGAUCCGGAGAUAUCAGAGAAGCAUUUCUGGAGAAUCUGGGGAAGUGAUGAAAGAUGCUGAUCAAGUAACAAUUUAUAGCUAUAAAGUCCAGUCCACUAUUACUUCUCGAAUGGCCAACACCAUCAUCCAGACCAAAGUGGUAAACAACUCCCCACGGCCUCAGAAUGUUGUGUUUGAUGUUCAGAUUCCCAAAGGAGCUUUCAUCUCCAACUUUUCCAUGACUGUAGAUGGCAUGACAUUUUCCAGUUCCAUCAAGGAGAAAACCGUGGGACGAGUACUCUACUCACAGGCCAGAGCAAAAGGCAAAACAGCCGGGUUGGUGAGGAGCAGGGCUCUUGACAUGGAAAACUUCAAAACAGAAGUAAAUGUCCUCCCUGGAGCAAAGGUACAAUUUGAACUUCAUUACCAGGAAGUAAAGUGGAGGAAGCUGGGAUCCUAUGAACACAGGCUUCAUCUGCAGCCAGGAAGGCUGGCCAAGCACUUGGAGGUUGAUGUGUGGAUUAUUGAACCUCAAGGAAUAAAAUUUCUUCAUGUCCCUGACACAUUUGAUGGCCAUUUUGAUGGGGUUCCAGUGAUAUCAAAAGGAAAGCAGAAGGCACACAUCUCCUUCAAGCCCACAGUGGCACAGCAAAGGAAAUGCUCUAACUGCUCUGAGACAGCCGUGGACAGAGAGCUAGUGGUGGUAUACGAUGUGGCCAGAGAAGAGAAAGCUGGUGAGCUCGAGGUAUUUAAUGGAUAUUUUGUCCAUUUUUUUGCUCCUGAAAACAUGGAUCCAAUUCCCAAAAACAUCCUCUUUGUCAUUGAUGUUAGUGGCUCAAUGUGGGGAAUAAAGAUGAAACAAACAGUGGAAGCCAUGAAGACCAUCUUGGAUGAUCUAAGACCUGAUGAUCAAUUCUCCGUGGUUGAUUUUAACCACAAUGUUCGAACCUGGAGAAAUGAUUUAGUCUCAGCUACUAAAGCACAAAUUGCAGAUGCCAAGAAGUAUAUUGAGAAAAUCCAGCCCAGUGGAGGCACAAAUAUCAAUGAAGCACUUCUGCGGGCCAUCUUUAUUUUGAACGAAGCCAGUAACUUGGGAUUACUGGAUCCCAACUCAGUCUCUCUGAUCAUUUUGGUUUCUGAUGGUGACCCCACAGUAGGUGAACUAAAAUUAUCAAAAAUACAGAAAAAUGUGAAGCAAAAUAUACGUGACAAUAUCUCCUUGUUCAGUUUGGGGAUAGGGUUUGAUGUUGAUUAUGAUUUUUUGAAGAGACUGUCCAAUGAUAACCGUGGAAUUGCUCAAAGGAUUUAUGGAAAUCAGGAGACUUCUUCCCAGCUCAAGAAAUUCUACAACCAGGUCUCUACUCCAUUGCUCCGGAAUGUUCAGUUCAACUACCCCCAUACAUCAGUAACGGAUGUCACACAAAACAGCUUCCACAACUACUUUAAAGGUUCAGAGAUCGUGGUAGCAGGAAAAUUUGACCCUGAAAAAUUGGAACAAAUACAGAGCAUUAUCACAGCCACUUCGGCUAAUACGGAGUUAGUCUUAGAAACUCUGGGCCAAAUGGAUGACUUGGAGGAUUUCUUAUCAAAAGAAAAGCAUGCAGAUCCUGAUUUUACCAAGAAACUGUGGGCUUAUCUGACAAUCAACCAACUUCUAGCUGAGCGAAGCCUGGCUCCUACCGCUGCUGACAAAAGGAAAAUUACAAGAACAAUCUUGCAAAUGUCUCUGGAACAUCACAUAGUAACCCCGCUCACAGCGAUGGUGAUUGAGAAUGAUGCUGGGGAUGAGCGCAUGUUGGCUGACUCCCCACCACAAGACCACUCGUGCUGCUCAGGUGCCCUAUAUUAUGGCAGCAAAGUUGCUCCAAGUUCAGUCCCAUCUUGGGUCAACCCUUCACCAAUGCCAAUGGCCCCAAUGCCUGCACAAAGCGCUCCUGUGCUUGAGAUGACUCCUCCACAUGUGAUGAGAGUUGAAAAUGAUCCACACUUCAUCAUUUUCCUACCAAAAAGUCAAAAAAAUAUUUGUUUCAAUAUUGAUUCAGAACCUGGAAAAAUCCUCAACCUUGUUUCUGAUCCAGAAUCAGGGAUUUUGAUCAAUGGUCAGCUCGUUGGUGCCAAGAAACCUGAGAAUGAAAAACUAAGAACCUAUUUUGGAAAACUGGGAUUUUAUUUCCGAAGCGAAGACAUGAAAAUAGAAAUCAGCACCAAGACCAUCACCCUGAGCCAUGGCCCUCGAGUGUCCAUACUGUCUUGGGCUGACACUGCUCGUGUCCUUUUUCAGAGGGUGCUUGUUUCAGUGAAGAAGGAGAAAAGUGUGACUAUCACCCUGGCUAAAGAAAUGUCCUUCUCCAUUUUACUUCAUCGUGUUUGGAAGAAGCAUCCAAUCAAUGUAGACUUUCUGGGGAUCUACAUUCCUCCCACAAAUAAGUUUUCACCUAAUGCACAUGGACUCAUAGGCCAGUUUAUGCAUGAACCAAAGAUACGUAUCUUUAAUGAGCGACCUGGAAAGGACCCUGCAAAGCCAGAGGCGAGCAUGGAGGUGAAAGGACACAAGGUGAUCGUCACCAGAGGCUUACAGAAAGACUACCGAACGGACAUUGUGUUUGGAACAGAUGUCCCCUGUUGGUUUGUGCACAAUAGUGGAAAAGGUUUCAUCGAUGGACAUUACAAGGAUUAUUUUGUGCCUCAGCUCUAUAGCUUCCUCCAAUGGCCCUAAAGGUUUACAUGUCUGGAAAUUAUGUGUAUAAAUAUACGUAUCUUUCCCUGCCGCUUUUAUAAUCAUUCUUCAGUUCAAGUAAUUAAAAACCAGCUAUCAUGGUGGUUCAUAGAUCUUGUUAACACAUCUGAGAAAAAUAAAUAUUGCAAAGACAUUUUAGGGUUUUGCUGUUUUCAGAUGCUAAAGUAUGUUCAUCGAAGCAAUGCAAAGGAAAACUACUUUCGACAGUCAAGGUGGCAUCCUGACAGAACCCUGAAUUUGGCAUUUACCAUAAUGAUUUCACUAUUGCUGAGAGUCCGGUCCUCAGCCUUAUAGAUUAUGUACAUUUUUAUGUUGGUUACUUGGGGAAAUUCAAUUAAGAAAAGGUUAUCUGGUCCUCCUCAUUUGUCAACCAAUUCAACCACUGUCCUUUUCCUCAAAAAAAGAAAAGGUGAUUUGGUGAACAUGAAAUAAAAAUAGAGGACAUUACUUGAUCUCAAUCGUUUCAGAGCUGUACACACUAUACACACACGCGCGCGUGCACACACACACAGCCUGUCACCCUCAGGCAGGACAGCCUUGCCCCAGUACCUAUAAUGGCCCAGUAUGUGUCGUCAAGAUUCUACCCAUGACAUUGGCCUUGAAGGCCCUCAUUGGGCAGAGUUCACCAAAGAAACAGAACCAAUAGGAGACAUAUACAUAUAUAUAAUUAUAUGCAUAGCUUGCCCAUGAACAACCUCAAUUUGUUCAACAAUGUUUCAUUAUGUUGAUGAGAAAAAUACUGAUUCUCUACCAUACUACCAUCCAUUCGGAUCUGCACGUUCUCCCCAAGUCUGCUGGGCUUUUUGUCUUGGAAUUCUGGUUUCCUCCAACAUCCCAGAGCUGUGCACAUGAGGUUUUUUGGUUUGUCUCAAGUGUUCCUCAGUAAAUGUGGGUUUAUGCAUGGUGUGUACUACAAAAGGCAUCCUGUUCAGGGUUGGGUUCUACCUUACACCCUUAGCUCCUGGGGGAGGCUCCGGGCACCCUUUGUUAUUUGUACUGUUACUGCUCCUUGGUGAAAAUUUAAACUUUACAACUUCUACUUUCAAGUAUGUAAGUUUAGUUUGAUUCUUAGUACUUCAGUAGUUUUAAAAGCCAUGAACAACUUUGGAGUUGGGAGCAAGAGUAACAUCAAAAGAAACUAGAUUUAAAAUUAAACUCAUUACAAUUAUCAAAGCUUUUAUUAAUAGCUGGUGUUUUCAAAAUUCUUUGCCUAUAAAAAUUUUAUUUUGUUUGUAUACAUACCUG